GAGAGAGGAGCACUCACACGUUCCCUACUCAAAAUAAGCAUGCAUGCUGAAACUUCUCUCUUGCUGGCUUGUUAAUUUGUAUGAGCAAACUUCACAAUAUUUCUGAAAUCUGUCUAUUACUUUGCUCAUUUAAGUAAACAAACAUCAAAUAAAACUCCAAACAAUCCAUCCCAGAUAUUAUCACAACAGUGGGCACAAUUUAAAUUUUCUUGUCACAGACACAUCUAACAUCACAGACGCUCCAAUAAUGAUAUCCUUCAAAUAUAUAUUUUCCUCCGACUCAUCUAUCAUCAAAGAUGCUCAAACCCCCCUCACCAAUUUACAUCUCUUGGUAGUAGUGGCUUUAACCAUAGCCAUUUAUUGCUUUUCUCGCAGAUUCAACUGCAUCUACCUCAUCGACUUCUCUUGUUAUCAACCACCCGAUUUCAUGAGAAUCUCAACUGGCGAAUUCAUCGAACACUUUGAGACAGGUGACCAUGACAGAGAGACCAUUGAUUUUCAAGUGAAAGUAGGCAAAAGAUCAGGCAUUGGAUGCGAGGCGUGUCUGCCUCCUGCGUUGCAUCAACUUCCACCAGAUUGCUCCUUGAACCCAACCCGAGAAGAGAUUGAAACAGUUCUCUUCACAGUUGUGAAAGACCUCUUUUCCAAACACAAUGUAAGUCCCAAAAACAUCGACAUAAUUGUAACGAAUUGCAGCCUCUUCUGCCCAACACCAUCCAUCACGACCAUGAUCAUAAACAAGUUUGGACUCCGAAGUAAUGUCAAAAGCUUCAGCCUCAGCGGAAUGGGUUGCAGCGCAGGACUCGUGUCCAUAAGUUUGGCCAAAGACCUUCUACGAGUCCACAAGAACUCUCUAGCAUUGGUUUUAAGCAUGGAAGCAAUUGUUGCAGGUUAUUAUGAUGGUAAAACCAAGUCCAUGAUUUUAGCCAAUGCUCUGUUCCGGAUGGGAGGAGUAGCUGUUCUACUAUCCAAUAAGAAGACUGACAGGAGGACAGCCAAGUACAAGCUCGAACACCUUGUCCGAACUCAUAUGGGAUCGAAUGAUCAAUCCUACCAAGCAGUCUUCCAAGAACCAGAUGAGAAUGGCAUUGUAGGGGUGUCUCUGUCCAAGGCACUUUUACAUGUAGCUGGCAAUGCCUUAAGGAGGAACAUAUCAGAAUUAGGUCCUCGUGUCUUGCCUUACUCCGAGCAGUUCCAAUAUGGAUGGUCAGUACUUUGUCGGAAAAUUGGGGCUCAGGCAAGACACAAGAACAUCUAUGUGCCAAACUUUAAGAAGGCUUUCGACCAUAUCUGCAUACAUGCCGGUGGAAGAACUGUUAUUGAUGCAGUAGCAGACAAUCUCGGUCUCACCAAGGAAGAUGGAGAAGCGUCAAGGAUGACUCUAUAUAGAUUUGGUAACACUUCAUCGUCUUCGGUUUGGUAUGAGCUCUGCUAUCUAGAGGCAAAAGGGAGGGUAAAGAAGGGAGAUAGGGUAUGGCAAAUUGCAUUUGGAAGUGGUUUCAAAUGUAAUAGUGCAGUCUGGAGAUGCAUUUCAGAGCUAGAUCAGAAUGUAAGAAAUGCUUGGUCAGAUAGAAUCCAUUUGUAUCCUGUGGAGAUUCCAGAUGUUUCUGACCAUUGACACCCAAUUCCUCCAUGUAGCAUCUUUCA